AUGAACUCCAAAUCCCUCCGCCGCCUCGCCUCCGACCACGCAGACCUGCACACGCACGACCUCCCGCCCAACUACCUCUGGCCGCCCUCCUCCGCCCUCAGCACCUGCUGCGACGACCUCACGCACCUAACGCUGCAUCUCGCCGGGCCAAGCGGCACGCCCUACAGCAGCGGCCUCUUCACGCUGACGCUGAGCAUGCCGCCGACCUACCCCGCCGCGCCGCCGACGGCGCGCUUCGCGACGCGCAUCUGGCACCCGAACGUGGACGAGGCGACGGGGAGCGUGUGCGUGGACGCGCUGAAGAGCGGAUGGCAAGGGGAGGGAAAAGCGGGGAUGCGGCUCCGAGAUGUGCUGGUCGUGAUUGGGUGUCUGCUGGUUGUGCCGAAUGCGGCGAGCGCGCUGAAUGAGGCGGCGGGGAAGACGUGCAGUGAGGACUGGGCGGCGUUUGAGAGGAGGGCGAGGCUGAUGACGGGGAUUCAUGCGGGGGUGCCUGGGGAGAUGCGGGCGGCGGUUGAGGAGGCGAGGACGAGGGGGGAGGAGAAAGAGGAGGUGGUGGUGGGGUGGGAAGAGAAGGGGGAGGUGGGGAUGGGGGUGGAGAGUAGUAAGGUCAAUACGGGGAGAAGGAAGGGGAGAGGCAAGGCGGUGGUUGCGGACAAAGAGGCCGAAGAGAAUGCCCAAAGGGAGGCGUUGUCGGACGACGAGGACUGGAUACCGAGGAACCCGUCACUCGCUGGCGCCUUCGGGACGGGCAGAGAUAAUGCAUUCGGCAUCAAGCUGAGUGCGCUGGGCCCUGGGGCUGCCGAGAAGGACACAGACGGAUCCGCAGCCGAAAGCAUGCCCUCCCUCUCGAGCGGCAGCUCCGCCACAACCUCCCUGGACGCAAGCAAUCCAGCGACGCCGCACCGCCAUUCUUCCGAACCACUCUGCACGUCCACAUCCAUCUUCACCCUCUCAACGACCACAACCGAGCCUCCAUCCUCCUUCACCACCUUACAAUCAGCAGCAUCCGACCUCCCAGAGCCAAGCUGGCUCCACCACCACAUAGCCACGCACCUCAAAUCCUCACGAUCUCCAGAGUCGCUGAAGCGCGAGAAGGCUGAGCGGAGGAGGUUCAAGGCCGCUGGAUACAGCGUCCAGAAACACAAUCGCGGUCUCUGGGGCCCGAGAACGGGGUUGAAGCGGUUGUAG